AUGCCAGUUCAGGUGCAAAGCGACCUGUUUGAUGGCGAGCGCUUGUCGCAAACGCUCGGUCACCGCGGUGACCUCGUGGGUCCGUGGGACCGGCCGACGGACCUCGUGGCUACUCUCAAACGCAAACCGCGUGCAACCGGCACUCGAUCGAAGAUGGAGACAACGGGCGAGCGGAUCAAGAAGUUGAAAUCGCUGCCGAGCGACGAGACCGUCUUCUACUCGAAUAUCUGGUCGCCACCGGAAACGCGACGUGACGUGUCGGCUGCCAGGAAGUCACAGCAAUUUGUGGACAUCAGUCAAGUGGCGCACGUGCUGACGUCGUUGGACUACAAGAGCGGCUACGAAGAACCAGGACCGACAGAGUUUUUCAACAUUUGGGGGCCGCUGGAUGCGCAGCAGGAUGUCCAACCGAUAGCGCCGCUGAGCAAGCCACAGCACAUGAUCCGCAAUGCAUCGGCACGAAUACCCGACCACAGCACUGCCGACAGUUCGGCAGCAGUUACGUUUUCCAGUACUCUAAGCCUCGGUCCGUUGAAAGUGGAGCUCAAUACGCUCCCGAGCGUGCUCUCGUUGGACAGUUUUGCCAGCGUGAAGAACACCCCCGUAUCAGCGCCGUAUCAGCGAGGGCCAAACGUGGUGUUCUCGAACGUGUUGACGCGCAACGGCGCAGUGGACAUGAGCUGGAGCUCUCAGUUUUUGUUGGGCCUACACGAACCCGUACGCCAUGCUCUUUUCGUGAUUGAUCGAUUCUUGGAGCGCAGCCGCGACUGGAAGUCGCCAAUGAACUGGAACGUGCGCGAGUUCUUCAGCUGGUUCAAGCUGCACUUUGUGGAGUUUGUGCGCAGCCAGCGCGAAUUGAAGACGACGGUGCUCCUUCCGCUCGUGGUGAUCAAGUUUGGAGCGAAACGUGACAUCUUUGCACUAUACGAAGAUGUUUUUGCACUGAUGGACGUGGUCGUUGCGCACGAGGAUGGCUUGCUCUUGUCGGCGGCGUCGUCAGCAGGUUCAUGGACGGCUUGCUUGGGUCUUCUGCAAGACGACAUUCGGCGUCUGAACCACUUGCUCCUUAAUGUGCUCGCACGAGAAGAGGAGACGUUCAAGCCCGCGAUUGAACUCGCAUUUUCCGAGAAAGCGUUCGAGCGAUAUGUCAUGCCGCGGAUCUUCCGUGCGAUGCGACCGAAGCGUGUGAUGGUGCCGUGGAUCGUGGAGAGGAGCCGUGUGUGGGGCGACAAUAAGGUCGCGAAAGCGUACAAGGACGAGUUGUCAUUGACAGCCCGGUUUCUGUAUGAACACGUGUGGCACCCGUACUUCAAACACAAUAUCGCAUCGGCCAUGAAGCACUUGGACAACGACGUGGAGGGUAUAGCUGCCGCAAAGGGCGCGGACGAGUCUUGCUUUGGGUGCAUAGUCAUGUAA